AUGGAGUCUACGCAAAUCGUAGCGUCAAGUAGUAGAGUCGUGUCAGAGGAAGAGUGGGACGCAUGGAGGGACUUCAUCUUAGAUGAAUUUCUCGUCAAAGACCGUGGGCUCCAUGCAACUCUCAAGAGCUUGCAGCAGAGAAAUCCACAUGUGACACUCGCAAAAUUUCGGACUAAGCUUAAGCAAUGGGGAUUCUGCAAGAAACUAAGCUCUAAAGACUGGCGAUACAUCAACCAUGCGAUCCAAAAUAGGAAAUCCCAGGGCAAGGACUCGACUGUCGUUCUGUCUGGAAUUCGAUUUACCUCCGAGGGUGUAAAGAAGCAAACCAACCGCCACAAAUCCGUCUCUCUCUACAAUAAGUUAAAUCCACCACGAAGUCCAGAGCCACCUGACGAAGAUAUUCCCCUUUAUAUAUGCACCCCUCGAGCUACUUCUCCUGAUGUCGUUCCUUAUCGCGAAUGGCCCAGGAAGCUCCCAUGGAUUCAAUUCAACGAAUCCAUGCUUCCAGAGCUAUUGUCAAAAAUUCGGCUAUUACCAGAAGACGAUUCGGAAACGGGCAUCGCUGCACUCGAUCAUCAACAAAGGAAGUCGCGUAUAAAGCGUCGAACGAACAGGUCGGCAGCGUGGACUGCUUUCGAGAACCUUACACGGCGAAGUAUGGAGAUCGUGAUCGGUUCUGAAGAACUCUCUCAAGUCCUAAUUGCGGACAGGAGCAUCGACCGCAUCGCUGCCUACUUUAAUGAUGUCAUCCCGCCAACAUAUCUUGACGAGAAUGUUAGACGAGCCAUCGUAUUAUCUGGCGGAGGGCCGUAUGAAACACAAAAGGAAAUCUUGAAGAUCUUGAUAUUUUUAAUAUCUAACCAUCUGAUCAUGAACGAACCCUAUCGUUCACGCGAUACAUAUAUACGUGAUGCCCAAUCAUUCGUGGAUAUAUUUCGAUUUUCUGGACUAGCUACGCCGGCCAUGCUAUCAAAGAUUAUCGAGCUUUCACGCAACAGCCUUACUUUGAGAGCCGUACUUGAUGGGCUAUAUAAGGCAGCGGUCAAUUCACAAUCAUUCGAUCUCGUUAUGGAUUUACUUUCUAUUGAUGAUCAGAUUGAUCCUAACCGAACCGUUGCCUACCCGCACUUGGGUCUGCUAAAGGGAUUAACAUUGCUAGAAUAUAUGGUUGUGUGUGGUGCUAUCGACCAUUUCCGCAUCGAACAACUGACUCAAUCCGGUGUCAACAUCAAUGGAUACUAUACAGAAUGCCCGCCUCACGUAUAUGUCAUAUUUUCAACUCCUGACAUGGCUAUUCAAACUACGAAAUUACUAUUGGAGGCGUAUACAAGUAUGAAAGAUCGGAUAUCCGAUGGAUUACCUUUGAUUAUUGCGCGAGGCAAUUUCGACUUGAUCGAUCUUUUCUAUGAAGCUGGAGCAGACUUUACUUCAAUUACUGAUUCGUCUUCCUUUCUCGAUUUGAAUUUGAAAAUACGGAGAUGCAUCGGGCUUUCGGUAUCUUAUGAAAGUAUAUAUCGUAGAGAAUAUCCUCCUUUCAUUGACUGCUUAGGAGCGGCUGCUUCUUUUUCACUCAUACCUUUCCCUUGCAACACUGGGUUAAUGGCAUUAUUCGGCAAUAAAUGCAACCCUCGAGGCAAAGAAUUCUGGGGCAUAAACGUUGAUGGCCAGGAUACCGCUCUGAAGCUGGUGAAGCACAUUCUCCAGAUAUGUGGCCCUUGUUUCGAUAUUGACAACAAGCUCAAGUCAAACGCAAUGAUAUUCGCAGCGUUACAGGGACACACCAAGGUUGUAUCAUUCUUAUACGAGAGGGGAGCACAUGUUGAUGCACGGAAUGGUUUACUGUGUCCUGUAUGGGCUGCGGUCGACCAAAACCAAAUCGAAUGCUGUCGACUUCUUCUGAAGCUUGGGGGCUCUGCUCGCGCUGAUUACCGUCCUAUAAGAUGUUGCGACCGUGUUGUUCGGUCGGUCCUUCUAUCCCCAUUACAUGUCGCUGUGGCUCAUGGAUCGCGCGAAUUGGUAGACCUCCUCAUUAGAGGUGGGGCGGAUGUCAACCUCGCAUGUAUGGUGCCCGUUCGUUGGGCUGGGGAUAGUGGUUUCCAGAUUCUGAGAGGAGCGAUAGCCGAUUAUUUCAACGACGACCCGAAAAUAAAGAACCAUUGGGGUCAACGAUUUAGGUCUCCAUUUGCUUUUGCAAUGGAAAUUGGCUCUUGGGAAGUUGCAUUGCUUUUACUUGACUGGGGGGCUAUUUCUACAGAUUACGAUCUAAAGCGAGCAACAGAAGAAGGCCAGUCUCUUCUUAUAAGCAAACUUCUUGAAACUAGAGUACCUUAUACUGAGGAGGAUAUGGUGCAAUUUCAGGGCGUGCUCGAAACAUCUAUCCGCAAUGGACACGAAUCAAUCGCAUUGAAUAUUCUUGAGUCGGGAAUAUCAGCCAGGAAUUCCACCCUGAGUACUGCAUUACAAUACGGGCUAUAUCGCACUGUUAUGAAAUUGAUUAAAACUGGAAGCCGACUUUCUAGUCCGGAUUUUGCCGGUGCUUUCCGGAUUCCUGAUGUUUCGUGGGUACAGUCGCUUACACGAUGUCACUCGCCCGUUACUUUCAUUACGGUGCGAAGUAUAAAUGGAAGAAGCUUUCUAGAGAAUUCCAUACUGAGUGGCGAUGUAGACGUUAUCAGACUCGCGCUAUCUCUCGACGCUUUCUUCUACGAUUCGGGGGCAUUAUGCGCGGUAGUCGUUGCUGCUGUCCAGUCGUCGUCGCCUGGCAUACCUGAAGUUUUGACAGAAAUCAUUCGAAGGCGUGAACUUGUAGAUCAAUCAAAUGUAUUCUUUGACCAGAUAUUGGAGAAUACAGCUGUAUCUAUCGCCGUUCACCACGAAAGAAUCGACAUUAUUACGCAGCUUGGAAGAUUCGGAGAACGUACAAUUGAAGCCGCAGUGAUACCAAAAGAACACAUUUCCUUCAAUUCCCAAUAUUCGAACUAUCACAUCUAUACGCCCGAAGAUCACUCCUGCACUGUAACGGACGAAUGCUAUAUUCCUCUCUCUGUCUAUAAAGGAUGGAAUAAUUGGCACGACCCGAAAAGGGUAUAUAUCUCUCCUUUAUUACUAGCCAUUAAGAUCAAGUGCGAGCCUGCCGUCAAAGUACUUCUUGAUCUAGGAUAUAAACCCGACGCCCACGCCCUCAAGGCCGCCAUUUAUCAUCGUAUAUCACUAGACGUCACAAGGAGACUCGUACAAGAGUGUACGGAUUUAAACGCAACCGAAAUUCUUGAGCUGAGACACAGCUAUACGCCACUGCAUGUAGCUGCUUUAGAAGGGCAAAAGGAGGUGCUAAACGUCUUGCUGAAAAUAGGAGCCGAUCCAAAUGCCGGGUGUUGGGAAGACCGUGAAUUAGUACUUCAACGCCUUGUCGAAUAUAGACGGUUUGAUAUAUUCGAUAUCCUAUAUCAAUCAGGCAUCGAUAUCAAUGGUACACCUCCUGUUAGAGUAUAUAAGGAUACUCUACUACAAGAUGCUGCCGAAUACGGGCAUCUUGGUGCAAUUCAUCGCCUAAUUAGCUACAAUGCUGACAUAAACGCCCGAGGGUCGAUGCAGGGCGGAAGUACUGCCUUGGAGGUAGCGGUAAGAGGUGGUCGUCUUGAUACCGUUCAGCUCUUGCUCGAAUCAGGUGUCAAUACAGAGGGUUCCGGACAAGUCCAGUAUAUGUUGGCAGUACAUCGUGCAACAAUAUAUGGUUAUACGGCUAUUGCAGAACUUCUCAAAUCGCAUCGACAAUGGACGACAGAUGACUGGGGGAUUUAUCAUCAAGUAAAACGGUAUGGAUUGAGUGGCGGUAUGUUCAUUCGCCCAAGCGAGUAUACCGAAGAAGAGACACUAGAGGUAUUAAAAAUUAUAUCUGAAGAGUUGGAAUGCAGGCCCGGCAGAGUUGUUAUUCUUGGCCGUCACAAUAUUAUAGCCAAGACCCUACUUUCACGAUUUUCGAGCCAAGAUAAAAGAGAGUUGAUAACCAUCCUACAUGACCCAGCCGAUGGUAAUGAGGAUCAACUUCAAGAUACAGCCGCAUCUGCAGAUUUAGUUCAAAUUCCGCAAGACACGAUUGAAACCACGGAUACGCAGCUACCGGGGUGCAUCGAAGAAUCGGAUCUCGAACCAAAUACUAGCAUAUGUUUCAGCAAUACAGAAGGGCUGGGAGAGGACACUCACGGAGGUACCCACUGCGAGAUAGGAAUGGAUCCCGACAGAAGACAGCAGAUUUUGGAUGAUAUGGGAGGAUUGGGAGAUGCACCGGCGGAACCAAUGGUGUGGUAGUGGUACCGAUUAUAGGAAUACCAAGUAUUCAUAUAGGUGGUAGGUAGUAGGUAGCAUGUUAGAUUUCCCUCGUCCUGUAUACCUAAUAGGUACCAUCAUAAGAAUUGAUUUUAUUCGCGAACGAA